AUGUCGUCGUAUAGUUUAAAUUUAUUAUUAUUGACGGUGUUUGGUAUAUUCGUGACAUCGAAUACCCAGACGAUACAUAAACGAUUUGAAUACAAAUAUUCGUUCAAACCGCCUUAUUUAGCACAAAAAGAUGGUUCUGUGCCGUUUUGGGAGUACGGAGGCAAUGCCAUCGCGUCUGGUGAGAGCGUUAGGUUGGCGCCGUCCUUGAGGAGUCAGAAGGGCGCUAUAUGGUCCAAACAUCCCAUUAACUUUGACUGGUGGGAGGUGGACAUCAUGUUCAAGGUCACAGGAAGGGGCAGGAUAGGAGCCGACGGACUGGCGUUCUGGUACGUGACGAAGCGCGGGGAGUACACGGGCGAGGUGUUCGGUUCUUCGGACCGCUGGAACGGUCUGGGGAUCAUCUUCGAUUCGUUUGACAACGACAAUAAGCACAACAACCCUUACAUCAUGGCCGUACUCAACGAUGGAACCAAGAGCUUUGACCACAAGAGCGAUGGUUCCAGUCAGCUGUUAUCAGGGUGCCUGCGAGACUUCAGAAACAAGCCGUUCCCGACACGCGCCAGGAUAGAAUACUACGCGAACACACUCACAGUGUACUUCCAUAAUGGUCUAACCAACAACGAGGCGGACUACGACCUUUGUUUCCGCGCCGAGAAUGUCCAGCUGCCUCGCGGCGGGUUCCUCGGAGUGUCCGCGGCCACCGGUGGACUGGCGGACGAUCAUGACGUCAUACACCUGCUGACGUCAUCACUGCACUCCACACAGCAAGGAGGACAGCAAAUAAACAGUGCGGAACAAGCCAAGCUGUCCCAGGAGUACCAGGAGUACCAGAAGAAGCUGGAACAGCAGAAAGAGGAUUACAGGAAGGAACAUCCCGAUGAGGUUCGGGACAAGGACGGUGAGUUUGACGACUGGUUUGAGUCUGACGGCCAGCGGGAGUUGAGGCAGAUCUUCGCGAGUGUGGGUCACGUUCAAGACGGGGUUAGGGAGCUGAGCAAGAAGAUGGACGAGGUGAUCGGCAAACAGACAAACUCACUAUCAAUGUUGUCAGCUGUGUACAGUCAGACGCAGACGAUGCAGGUGCAGCAGCCGGGGGCACCUGGACAAGCACCUGUACAGCAGAUGCCGAUGCUGCCAAUCACGAGACACGACUGGGACCAGUUGAUGGCCAACAACCAACUGGUCAUUAACACCAUCGCUGAACUCAAGGGUUUCAUAAUAGACGUGUCUCGUAAGACGGACAGCGUGGUGGGCGCCGCGGCGGGCGGCGUGGCGGGUGGCGCUCUAAACCAACAGGUGGUGAACGAACUGAGGGAGGGGAUCAACAAUGUUAAAAACAAUGUAGCCGGAGUCGCACAGAGACUGUCGUCAGCGCCGCCGCAGCCCGUGUGUCCGUCUGUGUCGUGCGUGUCAACCACUAUGUUGUUAACGAUAGUCGCCUCGCAGUUAGGAGUCAUGUUCCUCUACUCGUUGUACAAAGAAAGGAAAGAGGCGCAGGCUAAGAAGUUCUUCUAA